CAGUAACAGCCACAUAUUGCCGGUAUUAGAAUCUUGUGUCGCUGGAUCAAGUGACAGAACAAACAGAACACCGCUUCUCAAGAUGUGUCUGUUCUUCACUUUUAUAACCUGUAUUAUUGUCAUCAUCGCCGGUGCUGUGAGUGAUAAUGUGAUAGUAAAGGUGAGAAGAGGAGAAAACCUUCCCCUCUCCAUCAGAACUUCUGAACUGAAGAUUGUGAGUCGUUUAACAGUGAGAAAAGACGGGACGCAAGAGAUCUUUCGCUACUGUUCCCCUGAAGAGCAGAACUAUGGCUGCAAACCAAUCAACCCUGAAAGAUUUUCACUCCGGAUCGGUAAUGAGAGCGUCUCCGUAACUGUUCUUGAUGCCAACACCAGCGACGAAGGAGUUUACGAUGUUGAAGUUAUCGAUGACAAACACAACAGGAUCCAUCAGAAGUUUACCGUUGCUUUGACCGAGCAACUGCCCAGUACCAUUAACCCCGAACCUCCAUCUAUCCAUCCACUUACCACACCUGCUAUAUCCACCAAAGGAGAAGAGACACUUAGGACAAAUGGCACAAACACCAAAUUCAGUGAAGAACUAAAUCACAAAAUAAUAUGGGGCAUCAUAGGGGGCAUCAUAGGGGGCCUCUCAGGGGUCAUUGCAGUGGUCAGUGGUAUCAUCUACUAUAAAAAGGCAAGUAUGAUAAUUGGUAAAUUACCCAACACUUCUGUUUUUGUAUUAAUAUUGUAGCACUUAAUAACAGCAAUGUUUAGUGAAGACUAUGCAUUCUACUGUGCA